CCACCACCUGCCCGGUGACCGGUGUUCUCAUUUCAGAGUUUUCAGGUCCCAUUUAAAUUUAAUUUUUGCAGCCCUCUUCCUCCCCCCCAACAAUAUUCAUAAUUUUAUUUUUUUUGUUUUAUUUCAACCUGUAUCGAACCGCUCAAAACCCAUGCCAUAGGUUUUAGAGUUUCAGAAAGCAAUACCAGCUGAGGGAGAUGACCACAAGUGUGAACGAUGGAGAGCAGAGCAGGCCGGAGAGGGAGUCGCGGGAUUAGGGCGGAGGAAGCCACCGACCUGUGAGGAGCGUGGAGCCUACGGGCCUCCGAGCGAGACAACCAGAGUGGACUGGUCCUCUUGGGUUUGGACGCGGGGACUGCGGAGUUCUCUCAUAUCAAAACAAACUCGAUUUGUUUGUUAGCUGUUGUCCGCCGUAUCCCUGUUUUGAACCUCUCCUCCCUCCCCCACUCUGUUCACACCUCCCCCCUCCAGUCCUCUGUUUAAAUCUCCUUCUUUGGCUCUCUGUCUCUCCUCUGUUCAUCGGCCCUCAUAACUAAUUUCUGUUCUGGGUUCGAGCUUGAGCUAUGGCGGUGGCGAUGAGGGGAAGAGCAGACCUUCAAAUCCAGAAGAAAUGGAAAGAUAGAGAAACAAGUCCGGAACGGACCAAAGUUUGGACUGAACCUAGCAAGCCCAAGGCGACCGAGCGCAGAGUCCCGGUUGUUUACUAUCUGUCCAGGAAUGGUCAGCUCGAGCAUCCGCAUUUCAUGGAGGUCCCUCUAUCCUCUUCCGAAGGUCUCUAUCUCAGAGAUGUCAUCAACCGGUUAAUCUUCCUCAGAGGGAAAGCCAUGCCGAGCAUGUAUUCGUGGUCUUCUAAGCGGAGCUACAAGAACGGGUUUGUGUGGCACGAUUUGGCGGAGAACGAUUUCAUCUACCCAGCGCACGGCCACGAGUAUGUUCUCAAAGGAUCGGAGCUUCUUGACGCACCUCCCAACGCCAUAUCUCACGAAACGGUCUCUCCCAAUUCGCAGAAACCUCCGGCGUCGGAAAUGCACAAACCCGGCGAAGAUCCCGAUUUUCGAAUCGUCACGCGGCGGAGGAACCAGUCUUGGAGUUCGAGCGACUUUAACGAGUACAAAGUCUACAAGGCCGAGUCCAGCGGCGACCUCGCCGGUAAAGCCGCCGACGCGGCUACUCAAACCGACGAAAAGAGAAGACGGCGGAGAGCCAUCAGAGAACGAGCAGAAAAAGAAGAAGACGAAGAAAGAGAAGAAGAGGAGGUACGGAGUGAAGAGAUUCAAAAGAAGAGUGAGGAGGAAGAAGCGGUGUACGAGCACCCGAGCACGGAGCUGAGCAGAGAAGAGAUCUCUCCUCCGCCGUCGGAUUCGAGCCCGGAAACCCUAGAAGCACUGAUGAAAGCUGACGGGAAGCUGAUCCGGUGCUCCGCGGGUGCAGUAGAGGAGGGGCAGCAUGAGACGGGGAGGAAUCUGGCGAGCGGGAGGAUGAGGGCGUCUUCGGUGCUGAUGCAGCUGAUAUCGUGCGGUUCGAUGUCGUUCAGGGACUGUGGGGCGGGAGCGGUGAAGGAGCUGCCGUUGAUGAGGAUGCCACGUGGAGGGAAUCAGGUGGGUAAGGAGGGGGAGCCGUUGAUGGGGGCCCCAGGCAUUGGUGGAGGGGCAAGGGUGGAAGAUAAAGAGUACUUCAGCGGAAGUCUGAUAGAGAGAAAGAAAGAUGAAUUCCCUGCUUUGAAGAGGUCUUCUUCUUACAAUGCUGACGGGUGCUCGCGGAGGUUGGAGUUGGCGGAGGAAGGGGUAGAUGGAGUGAGAGCCAAAUGCAUCCCCAGGAAGUCCAAGCCAACGCCACCGUCACCAACUCCUGCAUGUCAUCUCCAACAACUAUGACGACCACCACCCUCCUCAUUAUUCACCUCUCUCUCUCUCUCUCUCUCUCUCUCUCUCUCUCUCUCUCUCUCUCCUACCAGUACCACCACUCCUACUUACAUACAGUAGCAGCCUGCUUAUUUGAAUUAAUAGUUGUUGAUGAUGAUGUUCAAGAAAUGCAAUAUUUCUAUUCGGGAGACA